GCAGGUGUCUCCCACUGCGCCAGCUCCAGCAUGAGCUCCUUCGACCUCCCUGCACCCUCCUCUCCACGCUGCAGCCCCCAGUUCCCCAGCAUCGGCCAGGAGCCCCCAGAGAUGAACUUGUACUAUGAAAACUUCUUCCAUCCGCAGAGCGUGCCCAGCCCUCAGCGGCCCCCAUCCUUCGAGGCGGGGGGAGAGUACGGGGCCACCCCCAACCCCUACCUCUGGCUCAACGGACCUGCCAUGACGCCGCCGCCCUACCUGCCAGGCACCAACGCCAGUCCCUUCCUGCCCCAGGGCUAUGGCGUGCAGAGGCCGCUGCUGCCCGGCAUGGCCGGCCUGGGGGGCAGCGACCUGGGCUGGCUGCCCCUCCCCUCCCAGGAGGAGCUGAUGAAGCUGGUGCGGCCCCCUUACUCCUACUCUGCCCUCAUUGCCAUGGCCAUCCACGGGGCACCCGACAAGCGCCUCACGCUCAGCCAGAUCUACCAGUAUGUGGCGGACAACUUCCCCUUCUACAAUAAGAGCAAGGCGGGCUGGCAGAACUCCAUCCGCCACAACCUGUCACUCAACGACUGCUUCAAGAAGGUGCCCCGCGACGAGGACGACCCUGGCAAAGGGAAUUACUGGACGCUGGACCCCAACUGUGAGAAGAUGUUUGACAACGGGAAUUUCCGCAGGAAGAGGAAGAGGAAAUCCGAUGUUACCUCCAGCUCGGGCUCCUUGCCCUCGGAGAAAGCCGAGAGCAGCCUCCUCGCUGGCAGCCCCAAGACCACGGAGCCCCAGGAAAUCUUGGACAGCACCUCACAGGGCACCACCAGCUCCCCAGAGAAGCAGCCCUCCCCGCCCCCCUCCGGCGCCCCGCCAUGCCUCAGCAGCUUCCUCUCCACCAUGACAGCCUAUGCGAAUGGGCCAAGCCCCGUGAGCCGUGCCGUGGCAUCGCCAGGACUGAGCCCGGAGCCCACUGACAAGAUGGGGCAGAACAUGCUGAGCUUCAACUCCUACACCCCACUCACCAACCUCAGCAGCCACGGCGCGGGGGGCGAGUGGGCCAACCCUGUGCCCACCAAUGCUCUGGGUUACGGGGGCUCCGUCCUCAACCAAUUCAGCCCUCACUUCUACAACAGCCUCAAUACCAACAGCAUCCUCUACCCCAGAGAGGGCACUGAAGUCUAGACACAGGGCAGCUCCCAAGGUAGAUGGAGCGGCGCAGAGAUCCUCUGUGCUGGCCAUCCCAAGGUCCAAGACUUCUGGCUGCCCCAGCUAAUGCAGGAGGCUCAGAGGAGGGGCUGCCCCUUCCUCCGGAGCAUCUCAUGAACCCUCUGUUUCUCACACAUUGCUCCACACACAGAUGCACCAGGCUUACAGGGGAAACACUGGGGCCUGGCGGCAGCGACAAUAGCAACAUUACGUUGCAAAUUUGCCAUGUGCUGGUGUUGUGUUGGGUUCUUUAAAGACAAGGUCACACUUGCUGUAUCCAGUAUCCCUGUGAGUUCAGAUGGACCUCCCCAGUGAACAGAUGAGGAAACUGAGGCUGGAGACCGUGAAGGAACCUGCCCAGAGGCAUACAAACGAAUAAAUGGCAAAGACAGGAGUCACAUGUAAGCCCAGGUGACCCCAUCGUUGGGACCAAAGGAGCAGGA